AGCUUACUCCUGCUCCAGAGAACCUCUGCUGCUUGCUCCCUCGUAUCCUAGCUAGCAGGCCGGUCGAUCUAUACUAAGAAGGAAGGGGGAAUGGCCGGGAGGGACAGGGACCCGCUGGUGGUUGGCAGGGUUGUGGGGGACGUGCUGGACCCCUUCAUCCGGACCACCAACCUCAGGGUGACCUUCGGGAACAGGACCGUGUCCAACGGCUGCGAGCUCAAGCCGUCCAUGGUCGCCCAGCAGCCCAGGGUUGAGGUGGGCGGCAAUGAGAUGAGGACCUUCUACACACUCGUGAUGGUAGACCCAGAUGCUCCAAGUCCAAGCGAUCCCAACCUUAGGGAGUAUCUCCACUGGCUUGUGACAGAUAUCCCCGGUACAACUGGUGCAUCCUUCGGGCAGGAGGUGAUGUGCUACGAGAGCCCUCGUCCGACCAUGGGGAUCCAUCGCUUCGUGCUCGUGCUCUUCCAGCAGCUCGGCCGGCAGACCGUGUACGCUCCCGGGUGGCGCCAGAACUUCAACACCAGGGACUUCGCCGAGCUCUACAACCUCGGCCCGCCUGUCGCCGCCGUCUACUUCAACUGCCAGCGUGAGGCCGGCUCUGGCGGCAGGAGGAUGUACAAUUGAUCUACCCAUGGCCCUCGUACGCCACCCGCCGCCAAGUCAGCAAAUUAUCCAACGUGGCUAGUUUACUAGUAUAUAGUUUGUCAUAAGAAGCCAGCCACGAAUUAAUUAAGCAGUAUCUAUAUAUUGGCAACACAUACACUACAUAUAUGCAUACUAUAUGAUCGAUGUAUAACUAGCCGCAUGCAUAUAUGCAAUCAACGGCUAAGUAAGGGGGGAUGAAACCCUAGAUCAAUGGCUUGGUACUGCACUAUAUAUAUAGUCUGCAAUAAACUGAUGCCAAUAGUAUACAGCACACAAUAUUGGAGGAGCUACACGCCAUGUGCAACUUAGUGCUACCUGGUACAUAUCUGCAGGUUGGUCUUGUGUGUUCACUUAUGCGUGCAUGAACAUCAGUCAACAUAUACACAUAGUUAUGCAUGGGAGACAAACAUGUAAUUGACAGCGACUGCUACAAGACACGGUGAUAUGUACACACUUAGCGCAGUAGCAAAGCACAUGCAUAUGUUGGGUCUUGUACAACGCCCUCAUGAUUAUGGCAAUAUAAUCAAGUGUCAAGUUGUGUAUGAGACCGGUGGCUUCUCUGUGAUGGUGAACAAUAUUAAUCUCUGGUGCGCUCAUCAAUCUGUGUUUUAUACUAGAUGCUAGCUAGGUAGCGUCUCUUUCAGUUGAGUUCCACGGUCUGCCGUCCUAGGUUUCAGAAAUAUCUUCGUAGUAUCGUGCUUCAGAAAUAUCUUUCAGAAGUUUCUUGCUUCCCAGCACCCAAAGUGCGUAUAAUGAUCGGUUCAUCAUCAGCACUUUGCGCCUUUCGAACUUCAAAGUGAGCAUGCAUAUAUCGACAACCUUUUUAACUCUUUCCAGGCCUGGGCUUGGUUCGACUUUGUCAGCUCUUGUCAUUCAGCUUCCUCUCUCCUCUCUCAUCUUGUCUUUCAGUAGAUGGCAUUAGGAAGUAGGGCAGCAAGUAGUACUCCCUCCGUCCCAUUAUGACACCAGUGAAGUGUCAAAAAACGUCUUACAUUAUAGGACGGAGGGAGUAGUUCCGAUCCUUGUGUUCUAUUCUACUACAGUAUUAUAUGAAGUCAAUGAAAAAAAAUCU